AUGGAUGGUGCUAGUCAUCAUUCCAAGUCUCAGAACUACCAAAGUUCGAUAACAUCGACAGUUCUCCCGUCAUCAUCUUUGCGGGACAUCCUUUCACUAGUGUUUAUAUUUUUAGCACUACCACAAUCAUUAUCUGUCAUAUUACUUAGUGUAUAUAUUGUGGUGGAUGAAAUAGGAAGCAAAAUACUCUUCACCGAGUUUGAGAAGCAUAGGCCUUGGUGGAGUGUUUAUGGACUGCCGAUAUGGGAACUUGUGAGGGUCUUGGUUCUCGAUUUCAUUAUUUACUAUGGAUUCAAAAAUCUUGCAAUUAAAAGAAAAGAAUUACUUGUUCACUAUCUUAUUAUAUUUGCUACGUCUAUAAUUGCUUGUAAUUUGAUUGGAACUUCUUCCAUAAGCACCGCGGUAUCUAACAGGAAGCUUAAUGUCAAAAUUUAUUAUGAAAACAAGUUCGUGAACAGCAGCUUAGGUCAUUUUGUUAUGUGUUUUCUUGCUGUAAACUACAUCAACUAUUUUGUGAGUCUUCUUAGCUUCAAGAGUUUUUAUUCGACUGCACGUCAUCAAUACGAUAAAUAUUAUGUUUUAUUGUCCUUACACAUUGCUCUUUCUUCAUUUCAUCAGAAACUUAUGCAUAGCAAUGGUAAGGAAGAAGUCAAUUUGAAUAACAGUUAUGGUGGCGAUAGCAUUCUAACCGUUGACUUAGAUAAACAAAAAAUACCUAACGAUCCAAAGAACAGAAUUAAAAAUUCGGUGGCGGCAAAAAACUUUGAAAACUUUUUCGUUCACGCAUUCAACAAUCACAACAUAUUCAUAUUUAGAGCAAAGUACAAUGCAUUGUUUAAUAUAACGCUCCAACCGUUUUGGUCGAUUUUAGCUGGAUUUAAAACCUUGAUAAAGAGACCCGAUUUCUUUAGCGGUAAGUUUUCGAAAUCAAAGAAUAAUGGCGGACAGUUCAUCCAAUCUCCAACAUCCACUGCCAAUAUUGCUGUUUUACUUAUUGAUGAGUCUAAGGUUAUAUUUAAGUUUUUAGAUGGAAAGAUGGUAUCAGAUAAACAAAAUUUGAAAAUCAAGAUAAAUAACGUCGAAUGGAGAUAUUUCAAAGUGACUAAAUCUAAAGAUGAAUUGUAUGUUUUAAUUCAUGGACUCACAUCGCUUUUUCAGUAUGAAAUCGAUAUUAUGGAAGAUGACAAGAUUUUGAACCAUUUUAUAAUUAACACGGUUGACAACAAGAGAGUUUUAAACGAGAGUUUAAAGGACAGUUCUACAUUAAGGACGUUGAAGAUUUCAGUAGUUUCAUCUAUCAAAAACCUUACUAGUGUGAAACUGAAGCUUAAAAAACUAAAGCGGGAGGAGGGAAAGAAGAUUACUGACCUCAAGCAUAACAUUGAUAAUUUGAAAGGAAGGUUAUCGAAAUACAAUAAACAAACUACAAAUGAAGUAAGAGCAUUUGGGAAACUAAAAGGACUUAAGCAUACGAUUAUUCAAUUGGAGAGCGAAAUUUCUCUCAUUCAAAAAGAUUUAGAUCACUUAAUUUAUAACGAGUCAGUGAGCAAAGAACGAUUUGAUAAGCGAGAAGGAUUAGCUUUACAGAAAAUUCAAGACCUAAAAGGGGAACGUGAAAAUUAUGAGGAACGAUUAAAUCUUGAAAGAGAAAAUUUAAAAGCCGCAAGGCUUGAUCUUCAAGCGAUGGAGUUAAAGCAUUCUAAACUCUUGAACAAACACCAUACUAAAAUUAAUGAAAACUUCAAACUUCAGGCUGACUUGAAGAGUUUGAAAAAGAAUGAGAUAUCGUUGAAGAUUCAAAGGAGAGCGAAAAAGGUUGAUGAGAAAUUCGAAGUUAUUUUGCCAAAGGUAAUGCAUGCGACUGCCGAGCUACAGAAAGACUUGGACAAGAUACUAAAUGAGUAA